AUGCCUAGAGUGAACGUAAAAACCAACAGGGGGUCGAGUGCCGCUGCAGAAACUUCGACCGAACGAGGCUCUACCCAUCCACGUAUACUCGCUAGAACGCAUGGAUGGAGGCUAGUAAAAGACCAGGACAAAUAUAGGGUCGUAUCGAAGAAGACGUGCACGCCUGAGGAAAUCCGCAUUUCCAAAGGAGUUCCCAGCUUCACUCCUCCUGAAUACACGAUUCACCUGAAAAAUGCUGGCUAUGGUGACAUACUACAUGGUACGGUCUUGACUUAUAGUCGAAGUAAAUCGCUCUUCGUCUAUCGUUUCAGAGAUGAAGAAUCAUUCGAGUGGUUGACGGAGGAGGAGUUCAAAAGUGUGCUCGGUGAAAAAGAUGCUGAGCGAUUCAAGACGGCUGUUGGGUCAUCAGCUGAUGGCAAGCCAGUUCCCAUAGCGCAAGAAGAGAUGGAAGACCAAGUAACUCACCCAACAGGAGCUCGCCAAUCAGACUACGAGAUGUCGUUGCAACAUCAUGCGGAAUUCCUCGAAAAUCUCUUCGAUCUGAGUUCCAAAUACCUAGAAAUAGUACCACCACACCUCACGCCUGCCAUCGCGGAAUCGUUGCAACAAUGUUUUAAGAAUCUGCGUCAGACUGUUGAUAUUGGAGAGCUCGCAUGGAAGGCCCAGGUGGAUAGCGCAGCCAGUUCCGGCAAUUCCGCGCCGACAACAUAG